AUGCGUUCCUCCACCAUCGUCGCUGUUGCUGCCGCCGUCGCUGCUCCCGCUCUCGUCGCUGCUGCCCCCACCUCCGCGUCCGGAAGCAAGGCAGUCUCUCUCGGUACCGUUUGGGAUGUCGCCAAGGACGGCUACAAUGCGGUCGAGGCAGGCAAGGGCGUCUACGACAGCUUCAAGAACAAGAACAGGCGUGAGCUCGCCGAGGAGCUCCUCGCGCGCGAGUUCCGUGGAGAGUACAAUAUCUUCCGCCCCAACACCGUCCAGCACUACGGCAGGGAGUUCGCUCAUGAGCACGAAACGCGCCCGGCCACGUACUCCCCGGAGCACUACGGCCACCAUGCGCGUGAGGCGCUGCAUUUCAAGUCGCUCCCGAAGUGGACCUGGGUACAGGGCCGCUCGGUCGUCAGCGACAUCGACGACGGCGUCAAGGUUGUGGGCGAUGCCGCGAACGCUGCCACGGACGUCCACAAUGCGUACGAGUCGUGGAAGAACAGCCAUCGCCGUGCGGAGCGCGAGGCAGGCGAGCACUACGGCUCCCUUCACACGAGCGGCAAGGGCCACAAGGGUCUGAAGGGCUACGAGAAGUCCAAGUCCUACACGUCCCAGGCUCAUGCCCGCGAAGACGACGGCAGCGGUGCCAUCUCGAUUGGCUCGAUCUUCGAUAUCGCCAAGGAUGGCUACGAUGCCUAUGAGUCGUAUAAGAACAACCACCGUCGCGGUGCUGAUGGCAGCGAGGCUAUCUCGUUGAGCACGAUCGGCGAAGGCAUCAACCUCGUCAGCGACGCAGCGAACGCGGCCACCGCCGUCCAUGAUGCCUACGAGGCGUGGAAGAAGAACCACCGGCGUGCGGAGCGCGAGGCAGGCGAGCACUACGGCUCCCUUCACACGAGCGGCAACGGCCACAAGAGUCUGAAUGGCUACGAGAACAAGUACUACAUGUCUCAGGCUCAUGCCCGCGAAGACGACGGCAGCGGUGCCAUUUCGAUCGGUUCGAUCUUUGAUAUCGCUAAGGAUGGCUACGAUGCCUACGAGUCGUACAAGAACAACCACCGUCGCACGGAGCGCGAGGCAGGCGAGCAAUAUGGCUCUCUUCGCGCGAGCCGCAAGGGUCGCAAGGGUUCGAAGGGCUUCGAGAAGUCCAAGUCGUACGCGUCCCAGGUGCAUGCCCGCGAAGACGAUGGCAGCGGUGCCAUCUCGAUCGGCUCGAUCUUUGAUAUCGCUAAGGAUGGUUACGAUGCCUACGAAUCAUAUAAGAACAACCAUCGCCGCUCUGUGGUCAACGACAUUGACGACGGCCUCAAGAUCGUCGGCGAUGGUGCGAAUGCUGUGACUGACAUCCACAACGCAUACGAGAGCUUCAAGCACUCUCGCUCCCUUCUAGAUGAGUUAGAUUGA